AUGGAGAUCGAUCGGUGCGCCAUUACGGAAAGACCCAGCACGAUAUUCGAACUCUCGGGAAAUGCUACUAUGACUCCCGGCUCGAUCGACCUCGUUGUUAAAGCUGGGAGCAUCAUCAAAGUCACGGAAUUCUUAGUCAUCGACCGCCCAACAUCGUACAACGCGAUCGUCGGUACUCCAUGGCAGAAUUCCAUGCGAGCGAUCCCUUCGACAUUCCAUCUGUGCCUUAAGUUUCCAACCCCUCGUGGAGUCAAAACUAUACAAGGAAACCGCAGGAUGUCGCAAGUAUGUUCCGCCGCCGAGUUAAAAAGAACGAACUUUGCGAUCGACACUUCCCAUAAAAAGAAAAGAAAGCUGACUCUCGAUAAGAACGCCCCGGAACGAGACUCGGAAGUCUUCUGGCAAUCUCAAAGGGCCGAAGCCCUAGAAGGGAAGCGCGAACCGACUUGCGAACCGGUAAUUUCGAUCUGCCUCGACGAAUCCUCUCCGGAACGAUGCGUCGAGAUUGGAGCCAACCUCUGCGAGCCACUAAAGACAGAGCUCAUCGCAUGUCUCAAAAAGAACCUCAGUGCGUUUGCUUGGGCCGUGGAAGAUAUGCCAGGGAACGAUAUCGGCAUAACGUGUCAUGAGCUUAACAUCGAUCCGACCUAUAAACCUGUCAAACAAAAAAGGCGGAAGCUAGGACCGGAGCGUGCCACUGCGGUAAAUGAGGAAGUCGAAAGACUCCUGAAGGUCGGAUCAAUAACAUAA